AUGGCUGACUUGAAAACUCCUGUUGAUGAUUCCUAUCACGUCUAUUCUGGUAUUGGAGCACCUCAGCACACAUCAACCCCUCUGCCCAAGAGACGUGGUGUGCCAUCCCUCACACUGCCAGUUGCUGACUCCCACCACAAUGUACCAACUCUCUCAAGCCUCCACCCGAUGGCAUCUCCCGCCUACAUCCAGGCAACCUGCUUCUCCAGCCCCUACAGUUUCAUCCCUCCCUGCUCCACCAGGUACUACACUCCCAGCUUCAGACCAGGCUCCUACAUGGCUUCCAGCUGCACCCUACCACCAAGUCCACCAUUCCUGCCACCAAGUCCAUGCUUCCUUCCAACCCAGUCGUUUGGGGUUUCCAGUGCACCAUUCGACCUGUCGACACCAACGCAAAUACCAGUCGCCCACUCGCCCACAUUCAAAAUGUAUGGACAUCAGCCUCGUCACAGAGACGCGGCCACUCGACUUCAAGCUGCCGUCUUCCUCCAGACCGGACAUUGCUUCCUUGCCUUCCAUUCGUCAUCUAUUCAGAAGGAGCAUGAACAGUGUCUUCAAGAUGGUUUCUUUCCCACGGACUACCACAACUGGCUGACCAACAGAUAUACUGACCAGCUCCACCUGGUCCUCACCAGCAUCGAGAGAAGUCUUAACAAUCUAGAUAAUCAAGACAAGAAGCUGUCCCGUCCUGCAAGCAGAAACCUCAAUCCUGAAUCCAUCAUCUUGAUGGAGACGUGGUACCAUGAGCAUCUAAACAACCCCUAUCCCACUCAUACAGAAGCUGAAGACAUGGUCAACAAGGGAGGCAUCACACUUUCUCAGCUCCGAAAGUGGUUUGCAAAUAAGAGACACAGGACCAGGAGACCCCGAUCUGCCAAAGCCGUAGUUGCUUCCAAGCAUUGUGAGGAGUUCCUUUCUGGCAUAUUCCAGUUGUGA